AUGGGUAGACUCUAAUUGGGUAAAACGACACGACGUUACACUCUCUUGUCCAGCAGGUGGCGGCAGGCACUUUAAAGUUGUUUGCGAUCCGCCAGUAAACCGAGAGCGGAAGAAGAAGACGCUAGUGACGUGAACAACGACGCGAGGAAGGCGGCCGGCCGCGCUACAGCAGAGAUGUGUUCGGAGAGCUAAAAUAAACCAAACGAAUAAACUGCGGUGGAAGCGAGUCGUGAAGGGAAAAGCCCCAAAAGACGAGUUAAACUACCAUGGGCAAUCGUUGGUCCCGAAGUGGUAGCACCCUCCUGCUCCUUCCAGAGACCCAAGAGACCGGGCAGCAGAGAGGGAACAAGGACAAUGAUGAUGAUUCUCUGGAUGGGCUGGACAGACAAGAGGACAUAGCUAAGUUUCCCUACGUGGAGUUCACUGGCAGGGACAGCAUCACUUGUCCAACAUGUCAAGGAACUGGGCGCAUACCCUCAGAGCAAGUGAAUGAGCUGGUGGCUUUAAUCCCAUACAGUGAUCAAAGGCUGCAGCCUCAGAGAACGAAACUGUACGUGGUCAUGUCCGCUGUGCUUUGCCUCCUGGCUUCUUCUCUCGUGGCUUUCUUCUUGUUCCCUCGGGCAGUGGUUGUGGUGGAUGACGGGAUACGCUCGGUGACCGUACGGUUUGACCAUUCCAACAUGAGGGUCCUCAUGAACAUGACGAGCACGCUGAACUUCAGCAACCCCAACUUUUUCACCGUGCUAGUGCAGAGCGUCAGCUGCCAGGUCCUCUACAUGAAAACCGUGAUAGGGACUCAGCAGCUAGACAAUGUCAUCACCAUCCAGCCCCUCAGUCAGAGACAGGUGAACUAUACUGUCAGUGUGGAGAUCGGUAGCAGCGCAUCUUAUGUCUACGCCUUCUGCACCAUGCCCAGCAUUAAAGUGCACAACAUAGUGGUGUUUAUGCAGACCUCGGUGAAAACCUCCUACAUGGUGCGAAUGGCCCAGAACAGUCUAGAAGCCUAUCGCUACAUAGACUGUGGCACAAACACCACUUACUUGAACCACCAGCCAGUCAGGCAACGCUCGCACCACACCCCAACCCACUGGCGGGCCAUGCCUUCACACCCCCCUCUUCUACGAGCGUAACGGUCCAGGGAGGGCCAAUGACAAGAGCUCGUCUCCAGAGCAUGGGAUUCAUCAUGUCACUGGCGUAGGUGGGAACUGUUCGACUUCCUUCAUCCCCUGUCAGGAUGAAUCCUGGGAUUGAUUUUUGCCUUCGCUGAUGCAGACAUUUACCACCAUCAACUUCUUACCUUUACUGUUGCACGUUUAACCAUGAUGAGUAAGGACCAGGACACACGAAAGUUCAUUGCCAAUUCACCGAUGUUUCCUUUUUCCAGGAGACCCGAUAAGUAAACUCAAGUCAUUGUCGGCCAUUACACUGGGUUGUUGUGAGGCUAUCUUACCUAUCCAGUAUUUGGGUGUAGCCAGGUUAAACUCAACAGCCACUUUUCCUUAUUAGCCCCAAGCAGAGCUUAUUAUUGCUUUAGAGGGCAAUGUUCUUAGCAAAAUUUGUCAGCAUAAUAGCUCCGCUGACCAAAUUGUCUCAGCAUAAAGGACUAGAAAUAUGUUCUUCUUGGGGAAAGGGGGCUGAGGUGGUAAAUGAGUUGUCUGUAGCUUCACUGUUUGCCUUUGCUGCUGCUGAGACCAGGCCAAACAAUGCAGAAAGCUCCUUUCUUUGCAGGCAGUGGCUAGCUAGCAUUCCCGCUUGACAAAGUUGUGCAAGGAAUGGUAAUUUUUGCUCAGGCGUUUUAUUGUUGCUAAAUGUUUCUGUCUGUUUACUGCUGUUCCUGUCCCUGUUCUCUGUGACCAUCAGGGCGGCGUUAUCGUGCAUUAGCUUGUAUAGCAGAGAGAACUUGGUUUGUGACGCCUCGGCAGACUCUGGCUACCAAUAAUGGAAAUUUUGAAAAGGGAGACAAGACUGGUUUGCUGUUUUAGAUUUGGGAUUGGCUAUAGAAACGAGAAGUUGCAAUUUUUUACUUUUUUGCUCGGUGUGUAACUAUUUUUUGCAGUUGAAAAUGGUGUUUUGGGGUUUGCACUGUUUUUGGACAUUUUUAAAUGAGGGAUUAAGUUGUAACCUUUUUGAAGCGUCUCGUUACACUGCUUUUCAAAAAGCCUGCACAGCUCCAUCAUUUUAAAUUCAGGGUCUAAAUCCAUAGUGUACUUGUUUUUCAAUAUUUAUUAAAUUAUAGAAAUGCAGUAAUGCAAAUCUGUACUCCUGACCUACAAAACUCCCACAUUUCCAAAGAGGGAAAUCACUCCAAACUUGACAUUUACAGUCGAGCUACUUAACGGGACCACCGUGACCGUGGCCCCCAGACAUUAGCCCCCUAACUUACCUUGUGUUGUGCGCUCUUGAGCAACUUGUGUAUUCUGUCCAUCAUCUCAUCAGCAUAUCAGAUGGAUGACUGGUUUUUAAACAGUUUGAAAGAAAAUGAAGCACAGCCGACAGAGUAACUCCAACCAUGAACUGUGUGUGUGUGUGGGGGGGGGGGCAGACUCGAGCUUUACUUCAUUAUGAUAUUGUUGCACUGUUACUUCACUCUGAUAAAUUGAAAUACUUCUUUAAUGAGCACAUGUGACCAUACAUUGAUGUAAUUGUCAAUGAUCUGGGUCGUCUGCAGUGUUUAUCGAUCAAUAAUCUAUAAACAAGCUAGAAAAGGUUGAAAUUUGAAAAAAAAAUUUUUUAAAGGGAUUUUGCUUAACAUUGUUACAUUUAUACUUUAUGCCAAUUUUAAAUGAUUUUUUUGGAAGAAUGUUUAUUUUCCUGUAUUAAAAAAAGAUGUCUAUAAAUAAGUGAUUAAUAAAAUUAAUAUAAUGUC